AUGACAACUCCAGCACUUGAGUCACACGAGACCGCCCAUGCGUCUGCAUCACCUUUGACGAUGGCGACGGCGACAACUGCACCAAAUUCGUCUUCCUCUCCUUCCAUUCGUGCCCAGGAUAACGUGCAAAAGACGACAGACGAGGCGCCAGUCAUUCAAGACGAUGGACCUGGACCCGCUAUAAACGAAGCUGAGCCUGCGGAAGAGAAUGUUGACACAGGGAAGAGCAAGCGGGGUGUGGCCUUCUGGAGUAUUAUCGUGGCUCUCUGUGUUACAAGUGUCUUGUCAUCACUAGAAGGGACGAUUGUCUCGACGGCAUUACCCACCAUUGUUGAGAGGCUCGGUGGACAGGAAAUCUAUAUCUGGGCGGUCAAUUCGUAUUUCUUGACCAGGUAAGUAAGCGAACCAUUCAUCUCCAAUUGCAGACGAGUCUAAUACUACUCUAGCAUGGUUUUUCAACCACUUUAUGGCCAAAUGGCGAACAUUCUGGGACGACGAAAUCUCAUGAUCUUCGCUACAACAGUUUUCAUAGUGGGAAGCGCGAUAUGCGGUGCUGCACAGAAUAUGUCCAUUUUGAUUGCUGGUCGUGCAAUUCAGGGUGUUGGUGGGGGUGGUCUCAAUAUGUUGACAAACCUGAUCAUAUCGGAUAUUGUGCCGCUUCGAGAGCGUGGAAGCUUCAUGGCCUAUCUCUUUGCUACAGUCAUUAUUGGAACCGGAAUUGGACCGUUCGUGGGUGGCAUCAUUGUUCAGAGGACAACUUGGAGAUGGGUCUUCUUCCUCAACCUUCCCAUGGGUGGUCUAGCUCUACUGCUAACGAUUCUGUUCCUCCGAGUAACUUACAAGAAGGACUCCUCUAUCAGCCAUCGCCUCAAACGCAUUGACUUCGUCGGGAAUGCUGUUUUUAUUCCGUCCGUUGUUGCCAUCUUGUUGGCACUAACUUGGGGUGGAACUACACUUCCUUGGUCAUCCUGGCGAGUGAUUCUUCCGCUCGUCCUAGGAUUCGUGGGACUCGGAUUAUUCUCAACAUUUGAAUCAUCGCGUUUUUGUGUUGAGCCCACAAUGCCACCAAAACUCUUCAUGAACCGUACCAGCGCAGCUGCUUUUGCCCUGGCUUUCAUUCAAACAGCUCUCCUUUACUGGGUAGUCUACUACCUGCCAAUAUAUUUUCAAGGCGUUUAUGGCUCUUCGCCAUCACGUUCCGGUAUUCAGUUGCUUCCGACAGUUCUCAUUAUGAUACCUUUCGCUGCAAUAAGUGGCAAGCUUCUCACCCGUUUUGGGAAAUAUCGACCAUUUCACUGGGUGGGAUUUGCUUCAGCCAUGAUCGGACUUGGAUGCUUCACGUUGUUAGGUCCAAGAUCUAGCACUGCGGCCUGGGUAUGUUAUCAAGCUCUCAUUGCAGCUGGACUGGGUCUCAUCUCGUCCACUACUCUUCCAGCCGUCCUCGCGCCGUUGGGCGAACAAGAUGUCGCCACUGCAACGGGAACUUGGGCUUUCCUCCGCAGUUUUGGCAUCAUUUGGGGCGUCUCAAUUCCUGGCGCAGUAUUCAACAAUCGGUUUUCCCAGCUUGCGAUGCAAAUUGGCGAUCCAGCAACGAGAGCGCUAUUGCAAGACGGCGGGGCUUAUGAACACGCGACGAAAGACUUCGUUGACUCCUUUUCGGAUCGGCCUAUCUUGAGAGCACAAAUUAUUGCCGGCUACAAUGAUAGCUUGAAGCGUGUAUGGCAAGUUGCGAUUGCUGUUGCGGGCCUUGCUUUUCUGCUGGUAUUUGUGGAGAUGGAGGUUGCUCUGAGAACUGGUCUUAAGACAGACUAUGGAAUUGAGGAGAGAAAGAAGGACAAAGCAGGAGAGGCCGUCUAAUCUUGAGUAGAACACGGAGAAGUCAUGAUUGUAUGUUAGAAAUAGUGCAUCGGUCAGUCACACUUCACUAGCUAGCGCCCCAUUCA